UGUCCAUAUAGCUGUAAAGCCUUUUGAAAUGAUCAAUUCUACAUUGCAUAUUAUGAAAGUCUGCGAUUUCGAACUUAAUGACGUUCAACACCAUGGUAUAUCAAUGACAGUUAUAUAUAGACAUACAAAUACAGUGUACAAAUGUAGUGUAUAACGCCAUCUGGUUUUUGGUUAUAAUCAGCAUGUAUGCCAACUUAAACAUAAAAUUUGAUUUUCAAGUAUAUUAUCUGCAUAAUAAACAACUUGCAUUUAGUUUAACAAUUUAACAAUUAAUGUACAAUGUGGUAUGGAUACUUGUUUGCUCAUUUUUAUAAACUUCGGCAGGACGACGAGCGAAAAAUGAUAAUGAUAUAUUUUUACAACUAAUUCAAUGGAAUUAUCUAUACAAUAUUUUUUUCGAUAUCAAAGAAAGUGGCGCUACUGAUACAUAGUGUCGAUUAACUUAACCAGAACGAUUCGCUAUUUAGAUAUCACUCUUUCCUGUUGUGUGACAGACGACAAUUGUUCGUGAUUACUAAUUUUAAUUCCAUAAUUGAUAAUUAAAAUAUUGCAAGGAUGGCCGACUCAAGGACCUUUAUUAUGUACUUUAAUGUUAACGAGAACAGGUUGAAAGUAUCUGACCUUUCUCUUCAAGACUAUUUGCGCCUAGGGAAAGAUUCUUGGGCAAAUCAAUUUUGCAUAAGCAAAAUUUUAGAAGGCAGACCAUUACUAUCAUUGGAGAGAUCCAUCGAUGGCUUAGAGUAUGCUUCUAUUGAGUUAGAGAAUGUGGAGCAUGUCGAUGCCAAUGCUGCUCUACAGAUCCAUGGCAACAUCGAGAAUGCACCUGUCUCAGAGACUAGAAAAAUAUUCUUCGACGUCAACAAUAAUCGAUGGGAGGUGUUUGAUCUGGCUACUCCGGAUUAUUUACAUUUAAAAAAUAAUGAUUACUGGGCACAGAAGUACUGCUCGACACGUUUCUUGGGUGGAGGAGAGGUAAAAUACCUCUAUCGCUCUUUGGAUGACGUGAAAUAUGAUCGCGUGGCAUUGAUUAGGAACAAUCAAGUACCUUAUUUAAAUAUACAUGCUCAGGUACGAUCAAUUCCUGAUCACUUAUUUCAGCAUGUUGUUGCAGAUGAGUUUUACGCAGAUGAAGAAUGACUUACAGAAAAAUAUUUUUUAUAAUUUGUUAUCAAAGGCUAAUAAAAGGGGCCUAGAUAUUUUUAAUUUGUCUACACUUAUAAUAUUAGGCUUUAGAAGGGAAAC